AUGGCGGGAGCACCAUCUCGUGCGGCAAUAAUUGAACGUCAGGAGAAGGCUGCCCCAGAACUUUCAGCUCUUGUCAAUGCGUUGACAAACGAAUCAUUGGACGCGCUGCUACCCAAGCUACUAGAGUGGUCGACGCUGCCAUGGGAUAGACCCCGGGGUGAUCUCUGUCACUGGCUGCCUCUUUUGAAUCGGCUGGACGCCGAAAUGAAGACUAUCAUUGCCAAUUACGACUUCAAGACUAGUAAACCAGUUGUUCUAGCUCCAGAACACGAAAAAAGUCUGCUGGCGAUGGUCCAGUUCGCCGCCACGCUAACGGAAAACUGUGCCAACCGUGCAGUCUACCCCAGCGUACCAAUUCUUGGCUUACUGAUUGAAACAGCAAACAUAGUGGUAGUGUCCAAUACACUGUUUCUACUGUCAAAGUUUUUACCCAGGAAGGGAAGCAAUAUCGCUACGAUUGAAGUGCUAUCACAGCAUAUUAACGCCAAAAAACUUGUCAGGAUGUUCUGUUUAGUACCAGCCCAGAUUUCUUCUAAAUACAUCGAGCUCAAAGACUUUUACGAUCUUCCCCCUCUGUACUGGGCAGAGGGAUAUGCCCUCGUGGGCGGACCAAAUCUGGGCUGGCCGGAGGAUCCUUCCUUCAUUCAGAACUCAGACCUACACACUUUGGUUUCAAAUACUUGUCAGAAUACUCCGGAGAUUCUUUGGGAGGGACUGCGCUAUCGUAUCUGGCUUGCAAAGGCUUUCACAGGCGAUGCUAGCGUUAGACAUCAUCUGAUCUUUACUCAAUGCCGUUCAAUUGCAAUUGCUUUCUACAUUCUUCAGGAAGCCAAGUUCACGGCCGAAAUUUUGGCUAUUAGACCAAAUACUUUGACCGCGAUUGCCAAGUUAGUGACCUCCAGCCAUAUUGCUGAACUGCGUCUCCUUGGUGUUCAGAUCUUCCAUCACAUCGUUAUAGAUCGAAGUUCGAUUCUAUCCGCAGAAGUCCGCCGAACGAAAUGUUUGGGUAUCAUUACAGUUCUCUCUCAAGCAACGAGAGCAGCAAAACUUGGGGAGCCAAUUGCUGAAGAAUUCUUGUCUCGUUUGUUCAGCUUCGCAAGAGAUGCAAUGUGGGUCGAUCUAACUGCAAUGGGGAUCAUCCCAUUGUGUCUUGAGUUCUUGACCAUUGACACACCUUUACUCCUCAAAUCCAAAACGGCCUGCUCAUCUUUUCUGAAUACCUUGGUGAUGGAGGUGCAGGCAGCUAACACCGCCUUCAUCGAAGUCAACGGAGUAGAGUCUUUGAUACACAUUCUUGUCCGUGAGGUAGAUCCGACGAGAGUAAGAGAAGCUCUAAGGGUGGAAUCUCCGCCAACAUUUUGCAAAGUCGACCAUGAUCUCAGCUUAGAUCGUGUUCGCUGGAUUUGCUCGGCAGUGGUUCUUUUGGCUAAUUUAUUGACAUUAAGGCGCUCCUCUACUCUGUUCCGGAAAGUUUUGGAUUCCCCACUGCUGGAUGUUUGUGCAGAGUUGAUUUCAAACCCAGCUAUUUUUUCUGGCCGUAAUGCUGCUUUGGCUCUUGAUCUUGUUGUAGCACUCAUAAAACAAGAUGAAAACACAAUUCAAGUUUUGCAGGAGAAAAAUUUAAUGGGUAAAAUGCUUAACGAUACUAUGAUUCUAUUCGAUCCACGGUUCAAACAAUACCCGGCCGGAAUAGCCUUUUAUGUUGCUCUUUGCGGCGUUUGCAAAUCUCUGAGUGCACCUGGGAAUGAAAAUAUUUUAGAAAAGGCUACAUCUAAAGCAUUUGAUGCCAUUAUUGACGAUAUGAACAAUAUCCCAAUGUUCGCAUUUCGGCAAAUUGGUAGAGUUACGUUUUCAAAUGCCGGUGCCCCCAAAGAUGAGCUCUUUGUAUUGAUUCACCAGUUGCUUCGCGUAUUUUCACGAGUCAAGAGUAAACUUACCGAUUCAUCUGCCAUAUCGCCCGAGGUAUUUACUACUGACAGUGAUGGCACUGACUGGGCGCCCCCAGGAGCUACUGUAUCAUCCCUCGAUGCCAUUAUGCAUCUAGCUGAAACAUCACUUGAAGAGCCAAGAGUAAUGUCGGCGUUCAUCAAGGUGAAGGGUCAUUUAAGGCUCCUGGAAGUGUUAGCCGAAAGUCCCCUGCCAUUCGACUAUUCUAAUAGAGCCGCAGGCAAAACUCGUCUUGUCCGGCUUUUCAAGCGCAUUUACCAACUCUCAUCAGAUCGUCCAAAAUUUAUGGGAGAAUGCGUCGAGUACUUGUUAAAUAUUACACGCACUCUGGUCAAACAUGUGAACGAUGCUGCACCAUUUCCCUCGUCCUCGGGCGAUGUAACUCUACUUUGGGCAGCCUCGUCAUUUUGCUUUACAAUCCAGCUUGUCUCGCGUAUUUUGUUCAUUAACCCAAGAUCGGCUGCAACAGUGAUUUCUUUUUUCCGAUCCGGUAGUGGUGUUGCUGUAUCCGACCUAGUACGAAUGCUGGGACAGAUCCAUCAAUGGGCUUUAGAGCAGAGUGCUAAGUGGGUAUCUCUUCUCGGAAAGGAUAUGGAGUGGGAUACAAACCCUAUCUCAGCUCGUAUCUCUAGUUAUAUGGGUCCCGGCGUAGGGCUGAACGGCGAAACUACCGCAGCAGAUACUGAGUAUGUCACUAAACUCUUCCGUGCUCUACCUUCUGACACCCGUUCUGAAGCACAGGCUAUCAAAGCUAACCGCUGGCUUCUAGCCCGAGUCCACAUUUUGUGCACUGAAUUCAUGGGAUAUAUUUCGAUGUACGCGACAGCCGAUUCGAUUUAUGAGCUUGACCCGAAAUGUGCAUUGGUCGCAUCACAAUAUGUUUCUGAAGUCUAUCGGGCAAAUCUUAACAGGGCGAUGACAUGGGAUUUGGGCCUUCUUGGCCGUUACGCUACUGUCUAUUUCUUGAUUGACUUACGAAGUAUCUUGCUGAAUGAUAGAAAAUAUCUGAAUUUGGGUGCUUUCGUUCUAUUCGUACAGUCGGGCGGACUGGGUGAUUUCGUGAGGUUGGUGAACCGCUUAGUGUGUUCGCAUCGUGAUGGAAGCGUUGCUAGCUUGUACUUGGCUGAAGGCUGCAAAAGUGUCGAUUUUUAUGAUGACAGUAUUGUAUUUGCUUUGGAUCGCCUAAGUGAGCUUGUUUCAAGUCCAGAAUACAUGGGAAAUUCUCUACACAACACUGAAUUUUGUGUCAGAGCAUCUGGAGCCGAUGAGCCUGAAUACUUCUCGAUGGCUCAGUUUUUGGUAGAGUUACGCAUCAAAAUAUUGGUCGACCUUAAACAGGCACUCCCUCUUAGCUCUUGGUCUAAGCUUCCUGCACUAGCGCUUGAAUCGCUCCAGGAGAUUUUCGAGUUUGUGAACUUGGACAUCCAUUCAGACGACGACGAAAUGGCACUCCCUGGGUCAGAUCUUGAAAGGUCGAACUUACCUUUGCUCAUAUUACCAGGUGUAAUGUUCAACUGGGAAGAGAAGGUUGCUGCACUGACAAGCACAGGAAGUAUAAGCACAGAGAAGGCAGAAACAGCUCUAAGGGAAAAUGAGGGGUCUGUAAGAUUAGUAUGUCAAACUUUAGACAUCCCCCUACCACCGGAGAACUUAUUUGAAAGAGAGCAAAUCGUCGGUAUUCCACCUGAACUCGAUGGGCAUCAAUACAAAGUUAUCGAGGAUCUUCAUUUAUUAAAUAACCAAUGGAAAGACUGGAUUGGCGAAUAUAUUCUUCGAAUUGUCGACAACAAUAACAAUUCUCCGUUCUAUGCGACAAAGCUGUUCUCUAAAGUUGUAAGGGACUGGGGCGAAUUGGAAGGCUCCAAAGCCCAUGAGCUUUUGAGAUUACUUUUGUCUGAUGUUCAUUCUGGUAGUAUCACUCCGGCUAGAUUGUAUUUCUUGGCGACCCUUACAGGAAUAGGCUGGCUUUGCUUUCACAUACGGCCGCAGCUGGCUGCUUCCAUCAACAAGCUGACAGAACUUGCCACUGGACCUAAUGAGCACUUGAUUGCACCUGCGCUAACUAUUUUGGAGAAGGUGCUGGUUGAAGAUGGCUCUACUGCGGCUGUGGUGUCAACUUGGUUAGAGACCGAAGCAUUGGGCUUCGUGCAAAAGCUUGCAAGUGCCCCGAGCCACGACAAUGUCACUGAGGUGGUGAUUGCUCGUUUUCUUCUUCUUCUAUCAUGGAGAAGUGCUUCAUAUGAUAUCCCCAUAUCAUUGAUCGACUCUGGUGUGUUGGAUAGAUUCCUAUCGAUAAUUCAAAAGUUGACAGGCAGUGUUAUGGGUCAGCAACUUCAGCUGGUUACUAUACUGUUGCUCAGGAGUGUUGUGGAACCUGAUGAUGUUCAGGCUAGAGUUUUUCAGUCUAGCUUGUUGAAAGUCCUAACGACCGAAAGUACACGACCAGAGUUUGAUGAGAUUUUCAAUAUGUUCGCAGAUAUUUUUGCCCGAAAUCCGCAAUUAAUGGUUGACGUAUGCUCUAAGGAGACGGUCUAUGAUCAGGAAGCAGAUGUGCUUGUGCCACGUUUACUGUAUGAAAAGUUUGUUGAUCAUAUCAAUCAGCAUAUACUGAAGAGAGGCUAUGAUAUCCGUCCUGUUGGAGUACCCAAGAAAACAUCUCAAACACCUUACCCUCGCUCAAUUCCUAAAGUUGAAGCGUGUAAAAUGGUCUAUUCUUUGGUUGAGAAGUUGCUUUCACAACCAUACAGUGAGGCGUACGAAGGUGCUCUGAAUUUUGUUGCCGCGCAGCAAGAGUCAUAUGGAGUUACACCUCUGUUCGAUACAGCGAAUUCAAAUUGGGCGUAUUUCCGCCGUGUUGCAAACUAUACACAUUUUUUGUUAGUGACAUUAUUUGAAAUUUGCGAUGUAUCGGAGGUUGCUCGUCAAGCAGUUCUCUUCUACCCUCGGCCUAUUGAGACAAUUCCACCUGAUCUUUCAGUUAUGCCUGAUGAUAUUACUCCCUUAUUCCCUUUUUUGUUGCAGGUUGCGUGUGGCUAUCGCACGGCAUCUUCAGUGCCCAGCCCUUGUCAUAUUAUUGCUGAAUCUAUGGCUAAUACCGCAGGCCAGCUUUUCUACAGCUUUACUUAUAUGGCGGCCGAGUCAUUCGUUACGAAGGAAAUGGUUGACAUACGAACGGAACGUACAAAAUAUUUGUGCAACGUGGUAAGCGCUCUACUUCGAUAUCAGUUUGGUUACUCAAAGAUGCAUGACGACUCUUUUGGACCGUUGAUUUCCCCUGCUAGAGCAAAGAAGCUUCUUGAGAGUGUUGUAGCCAUUUUGAAUUUGGCACUCCGUCAAAACUCGAUCCAGUGGCAAUUGGUUUCUCCUGUUCCAUUUAUCGCGUUGACAAUUAUUUCCAGCAAGCUUCCUGAGCUGAUUUCAGACUGUUUAGGGAGAUUUGACAUUUCAGAUCCAUCGUUCGAAGCAGCUCGUGCCGACUUUUACAAGUUUUUCCGACGAGUUUCGUUCUAUGACUCUUUAGAUAUCAACAAUGAUCAUCCUAUGCCUCCUGGCGAAAGUUUAUUACCACUUGAACCUCCAUCUGACCGAGAUUUGGCAAUAUCGUUAGGUGAACGUGAUGAUAUGCACCCUAUAUUUCGCACAGUUAUUGAAGCACCCCAUCCUGUGGAUGAAUACGAGUCGAUUGAAAAUGAUACUGAUUUCGAGUUUGAUGGUGUCGAGUAUGUUUACGGGCCGUCCCGAUCGGGGCGUCAGCGUGGUGUAAACGGAGCGCCUGAAUUAGAGCAUGAUAGUAACAAUGGCUCGGAUAAUGACGAGGAAGUCAGCUCUGAACCGAGUUCUGCAGUUGGAAGAAGUGGAAGCGAUGGAUCUGAUUUUGAUCCAGAGUCUUCUCUCAACUCUGACCAGGAUUCCAGUGUUGACGAUGCCCUCGCCGAUGAAGUUACUAGCGAAGAUGAGGCACCGCUUGGCAGCCAAAAUUCAACGCGUUGGGGUGAGACAGGGCACGAGGAGGAUGAUGAUGAUGGCUUCAUCUCAUACGAGAAUGUUUCAGAUGAUGAUGCUGCAAGCUUAGCGAGUGACGGCACAGGUGGGAGCCUGGAGGCUAAUAGCGAGAUGGAGCACGAGGACGCCGAAGACGAGGAAAUGUUUUCUGAAGAUUUCGAGCUGGAUGAAGGAGAAGACCCAAUGGAGUUUUCGCUGGUUCUGGAGCCGUGGGAUCGGGACAUCAGUGAUGAGACUGAACACAGUAGUGAUGAUGACCGAAGCUAUGACGAUAGCGAUGCGCAUUCAAUAUAUUUCAGCGAUGAGAUGGAACAUCAAGACACUCAUAGAGCAAUUGAUGUUCCUGAUAAUCAAGAAGAUGGGAACUCUACCGAGCAGUCAGCUUCCCUGCAACGUGCUUCCAUGCUGGCACAGUUGUACGCAAAUGAUGUCGAUGAGGAAGUUUCAGAUGCGGAUAGCUUCAGCAGUAGUAGCUCUAUUGACGUGGUUCUGGAGAACGAGAUGUUUAACUUCAACUCAUUUGAGCUUGAGCUUGGCUUGGGCAUGUCAGGGACCGGAAGACUAACAAACUCUUUGGGCGGCGCUGGUAUUCUCGACCUUGAAGGUGAACUCGGUGGUGAAGCCGAGGCACCUCGUGCAUUUACAGUGCAUCCUAAUUCGCGUGAAGAUUUCUCAGACAUGGCGAUUUAUCGUAUGGAUGACGGUGAACCAUACUACUUCCAGUUUGAGGACAUCGACAUUGAUAAGUUACUCACGCGGAACCCGCUGCUCAUAGAACCGCACCUUCUCGCACGAGCAGCCAAUUGCAUUUUUGGCGGAGAGCUACCAUCGGUCAGUGAGAAAGUAAGUCUUGCACAGCCAGAUCGACUAAUGAGUAGCAGCCCUACUGCCACGACAUUCAUAGAGUUCGCUAACGAGCGUACCAAAAAUCGGUGGGCCUCGUAUCUGGAGUAUGUGGGUCUUCCAAAGCGUGAAAUAUUUGCUCGCAAACUGCGUCAGUUGUUUGUUCAAGUCAAUGAGCGUGACAUUGACGUUGAUGCAGAGUGGCUUGAAUCAUUAGAUUACGCAGCUGAUACAAUAAGGGAAAUCGAGCAAGAUACACCCUCUGAUGAUAACCUCUUCCGAGAAGGGCAAGAUGGAAUUUACUUGGAUGAAGGUGCAGAGAUUUUGCAAAGUUUGGGUUCUAGCCAAAACAGAGUUCCGGUCUUUGGUAGACCAGAGAUGGAUAGGUUGUGGCCAAAUAUCAAGUUCAAAUUUUCAUCGAACCAUGCGUGGACUUCGUCAAUAUCGAAACAGGUCAUGUUAGCACAACUUCGAUUUGUUUUUGUUCCUUGGUCAACUCAAAAGGAAGCCCAACUUAUUUGCGAUGAAGUGUCCUCUUUGAGCUGGGACUUAUUUCACUGCUUUGUUGAAGGUCUUUUCAAAAUAUUGGAUGCUGUAUCUUCAGGUGAGUUUGGAGUGUUUGAGAUGUUUAUGAAACUAGGCCCUCAGGACACGAGUCCUGCACUUGCAAUGAAGACACUGGGGUCGACAAGUGCUGAAUUGCUAUUACGGCAAGCCUUGUUAUUGAUUGUUUUACUUCAAGAAAAGCCAAAACUACGAACUUUGCUAGUUAUGGUCGAUAGCGAAAGCUCUCUCAGUGGUGGGUUUGCAGUCAACAAGUUGCUAGAGCUUCUUGACCGACCUGUUUUUAGACACGACAGCGCGCUAAUGGAGCGACUACUAUUCGUGAUAGACGAAGUGACAAGGACGAUCUGCGAGAAAGUCACUCCGAAUACGACUGGUGUUCGUGGAUUGUUCUCCGCAGAGAACUUGCAUCGCCUCAUGCAGGUAUGGACUGCGGACGGAAGCACUUCUGUCGCGUUUAAUCAUGCCGCGCAUUCAAUAGCGCACUUGGGCAAAGUUAUAAGUAUUGGACCGUUGGUUAGCAAGGAGUUGCUUGCCGAUACUCAAGCAUGGAUCAAGAAGAUGAUAAGCGAGCUUGAUGAACUGAUGUCUGAGGCAGAGUCAGAAGAUGGCCUCACCUCAAAACUUACAUCCUACACAUCUGUUCAAAAUAUGUUGAUGAGGGCAUCAAAGGUUGCCAAAUUUAAAAUGGUCCCCGGCUCGUAUGACUUUGCAUUGGAUCUUUUCCAUAAUAGAGCCCUGAAUCUUUUGAUGAACAAGGUGAGUGAAGUUCUCAUGCUUGCCGCUAACCCUCACUCGCAGUUUUUAAGAAUCAGUUCUUUGAAACCGUUGAUUGAAAGUUUUUUAAAUUUUGGCCGUACGGCGUCUGAGGAUAAAUAUGAUCAUGAAAAAAGCUCACAAGGCUACCUGCGAUCUUUACGUGACUUUAUUUCUCAACACUUUAAGCCUUUUAACGAGCUUGUUCGAAAGAACUCGCACCAAUUCUUGUCAAACACGGUGGAAAUACUCAAGAAACACAGCCAGCUUCUCACAUUCGAAAAUAGGAAGCAGUAUUUCUCGGACGAAAUGGGAGCAUUCCGCAGGUAUCGGAGCAGGAUGGCUGUGCCUCUGAAAGUUUCGAGAAGCAACCUUUUUAUGGAUUCGAUGGAUCAUCUUAUGAAACUUGAGCCAUUUGAGCUUCGUUUGGGGCAACUGGAUGUGCACUUCGAUGGUGAAGAGGGCAUUGACCAAGGUGGUCUCAACCGAGAGUGGUAUUCCGAAAUGACGAAAUACAUUUUCCACCCUGAGAACGGGCUUUUUGAACAGCACGCGAGUGGUCUGCGACCUAAAGCAGUACCUGGUAGCCUUGACAAGUUUUUAUUCAUUGGAAGGUUCAUCGGAAAGGCUGUAGUUGAUGGACAGCUUCUAGAUGUUGUGUUCAGUCCGUCUGUUUACAAGUUUCUCCUCAAGGAGACGAUAACGAUGGAAGAUUUGAAAGUCAUUGAUGAAACGUAUUACAACUCGUUAAAGUGGAUGCUUGAAAACGAUAUUACGGACGUGAUCGAUGAAGUGUUCGCUGUGGAGACGCCAGGGCACCCUGAUCAACUCAUAGAUCUUAUCCCAAAUGGCUCGAAGAUUCCCAUGACCGAAAGCAACAAAAAAGAGUAUGUCGAAUUACGAGCCGCAUGGGAUCUUUACAAAAGGGUCGAGCCACAGCUCGAGCAACUCAGCACAGGCUUUUACGAGUUGAUGAAGUUCAGCCUCGUCAGUUUGUUCAAUCCUAAAGAACUUGAGCUUGUGAUUGGUGGCAUUCCGAAGAUUGACAUCACAGAUUGGCGUUUGAACACUGAAUAUGAAGGGUAUUCAGCAUCUUCUCCCCAGAUUCGGUGGUUCUGGCGAACUGUCAAGUCAUACGAUCACGCGCAGCGGGCUAAGCUGCUGCAAUUCUGUACUGGAUCGGCUAAAGUUCCAGUAGAUGGGUUCCAGCACCUACCGGCAGGUAGAUUCAACAUAUCCCGAGACCGAAGAUCGCCUGAGUGGCUCCCAACUGCUCAUACCUGCACCAACCAUCUAUGCUUACCAGAGUACACUUCCUACGAUAAGCUGCGGGCGGCAGUAUCUAGGGCGAUAUCUGACGGUGCAGGUUCUUUUGGAUUGGCUUAA